CUGAGAUUAGGGGCGGGGUUAGCAUGAGGUUCGCUCGACCAAUGGGUGAAGAGCAUCUCCGUGAUUGACAGGUCACGUCAAAGAUACUGCACAUCUGCGUCGGGAAGGACAGAAACAGAGCACACACACACACACACACACACACACGCAUCAGAUCACACACCAGAGACCAGGAGAGUCCAGACUCACAGCAGGGACACGUGGAGGACGCUGGUCAUUAGUGAUGACGUCCCGCUGGCACUGAACAUCACCACCCGUCUUUCACAGCCUUGUGUUGACAUGGCAACAGGAAGGAAAAGCUCCACAUCUCGAGGUGGAGGCGUCCAUUUCCCGGACGAGACGGAGGACGAUGUCCUCAGUGAGAGCGGUGAGGACAUGCAGCAGGACAAGAUCAUCACCGCUGUAGCCGAGCCCGAUGGAGCUUACCUGGUCAAGGCAGGAUUCCUGAAAAUCCAACAUAAAUAUGAGAUCGUCUUCUUGAUCCCACAAAUCCCCACUCUGGGAAAAGACACCUCGCUCUCCCCGGCAUUACGCACUACGCCCAAACCACGCCUACGUGCCACCCACAUCGUACCACGCCCUGAAGGAGGAGUGAAGGUGGUGUGUGAGUACAGCGCUCAGCAGGAAGGAGUGGUGCAGGAGGAGCUCACACUCGUCAACAGGAGCAGGAGAGACAGCAGUGUUAAAGUCCGAGUGCACGCCAGAGUGAUGGACCGCCAUCAUGGAACACCCAUGCUGCUGGAGGGAGUACGCUGUCUGGGAACUGAGGAGAUCACCUCGAAAACCAACGACAGAAAGAAGAUCUGAGCAGGCGCUCCUUUCCUACAGACCUCAGCAGCAUGGACUGAGAGGAAUAAAUGAACUCAGAGAACACGCUUGAGAACGCAGUCGACUCUUAAUCAUGCCUCGCUCUGGUCCUGGACACCGCCUGAACAUGAUCUUUCAGGUUUAAGAUAAAUACUCUCACUUACAAAUCUGAUUCUGAUUACAUCUGAAAAGUGACGGGUGUCAAGAAACCUUCGAAGAACGUGGUUUGUAGACUGUGUCAUAUUUGCAAUGCUGCAUGUGUGCCAUACCUCAGUGUCAGUGAAUCAUUUCAGUCACAACUGAGAUUUACUCCUCUCUAGCUCAGCAGGUCAGUAUUUGAAUUUUUGAGUUAAUUGAGUCCUUCACUGAGGUCCGUUGGUCAGAUCUGGAGAUUUCCAGCAUUUCUGUUUAUUAGAAGUGAAAAAUAAUUCUUCUAAACACUGACAUACCAACAUAUUAUAUCACAAAAUAGCUGUUAUUAUCUUCAUUAUGUGUUCUUAUAUUGGGUUUCACUUAAAAGCUAGUUGAAUAAAGCCACAUUCACAAGAAUGCAUGCGGCCGCACAAACCUUAUAAUCCACUUACACUGCUUAAAAAAAAUUGUAGAAUUU